AGGGGUCUCUCUAAAGUAGCUCAUUGCUACAUUUGCCAUGACAUCAUAGUUUCAUUCUUACCCAACUUCUUUCAUGUACUGCAGUUUGGGGUCAGGUGAUCUCAAGAAAAACCUUAUUGGGUUCAGACAUCCCUGAAAGUCAUACAAGGGCACAGCAAAUGGGAUGGAUACCAUCUGACAGGAUCACUCAGGCACCUCCAUUGGCUUCUGCUUGGCAACUUCAUCCCUAACUUCAGCCUGCCAACUCCCACUGGCUUCCACCCAUGAAUAUCUGCUGGUUCAUCCAUUCAUCCUGCACCUGAAGGCACCCAGACACAUACCAUUUGCCUCGGCCAGAUUCAAAGCCUUCCAUUCAUGCACACAGACGCAUGUCAGCCUCACAUCCAUGAAGAAUACCAAUGGACACAUUCACUCUUCAGCCACUCUUUGUUCAUUCAUAUACAUGCCCCAGCUUCAAUCCACCAAUAUUCACAUAGCUUCUGUCAACUGGCUUUUGAAGGUGAAUUUCAACUAUCUUACAUCUGCAAACAUCAGCCUGCUUCAUCCCUACAGCAUCCACCAGCUUGUCAAUGCAGGCUGUACCAGCUUCCAUCCACCAACAUCUGCCAGCUUCUGCUAGAUCUAUCACCAGACAUCAGCCAGCUUCCACCCAUGGAUAUUAGUCACCUUCGAGCCUUAAUCCCACUCAGCAAGUGAAUUUACCUUCUCAGCGUGCCACAGCAUCCCACCACUGGAUGAACACUUCAUUCCAUAUGCUGUUUUACCACCAUGUGGAAGGAGACUGCACAGUGCUGAAUGUCACAGCUGUUGCCUAUUGUGUUCUGUUAGGGAAGAGAAGAAGGCUUUCCCCUUUAUAUCUGCUCAGCUGCUAUGUCCUUUUGUGACAUCAGACAAUCCACAGAUAAUGGCAACAGCUGGGGAAGCAUCAUCAUAACCUCUUCAGACCUCACAAUUGUGGUUCAGCUAUGCUGCUCCACAGAACCCGAGAGGAGGCUUCACAGUUCCUUCGGCAGAGGCACCGCCGAGCCUACCAGAUCUUUGAGGAGACUAAGCAAGGCCAUCUGGAGCGAGAGUGUGUGGAGGAGCUCUGCGACAAGGAAGAAGCCCGGGAGGUGUUUGAGAACAACCCUGAGACGGACUAUUUUUACCCGAGAUAUUUGGCAUGUAUUCAUAAGUAUGGCUCACCAUAUACAAGAAGUCCAGAUUUUCAUACAUGCGUGCAUAAUUUGCCAGAUCAGUGUUCACCUAACCCAUGUCAUAAAGAAGGUACUAAAACAUGUGAAGACUUGGAAGGUGGAUUUCUUUGCCAUUGCAGACUAGGCUGGCAAGGAGAAAGAUGUGGUGAAGAUAUUAAUGAAUGUGCUGAGCAGAAUGGUGGUUGUAGACAGAUCUGUUACAACAAGCACGGCAGCUAUCGCUGUGCUUGUUAUACUGGGUAUACUCUUCUGAAUGACAAUAAAAAUUGCGAAGAUACCAAUGAAUGCACAGUAUCACCAGGCAUCUGUGGAGAAGCUCAAUGCAAAAAUUUGAUAAGCUCUUACAUGUGUGUUUGUGAAGCUGGCUACAAUUACGAUGAUGUAAGAAAGGUUUGCCAAGAUGUGAAUGAAUGUGAACUGAACUUCUGUGAGCAAAUGUGUGUGAAUUCCCCAGGAAGUUACAGCUGCCACUGCAAUGGAAGAGGUGGAGUAAAGCUUUCCAAUGACAUGAACACCUGUGAGGAUAUUUUGCCUUGUGUAUCUUUCGCUGCUGCAAAAAGUGUUAAAUCCCUCUAUCUUGGAAGAAUGUUCAGUGGCACACCUGUUAUCAGACUACGUUUCAAAAGGAAACAACCUACACGACUUGUGGCUGAAUUCGACUUUAGAACUUUUGAUCCUGAAGGUAUCCUUUUCUUUGCUGGAGGCCAUCGAGACAGUACAUGGAUAGUCUUGGCUUUGCGCAAUGGACGUUUAGAAUUACAACUGAAGUACAAUGGAAUAGGCCGUGUGACCAGCAGUGGACCAGUUAUCAACCAUGGAAUGUGGCAGACAAUCUCUGUGGAAGAACUGGAGAGAAACUUGGUUAUAAAAGUCAAUAAGGAUGCAGUUAUGAAGAUAUCUGUCUCAGGGGAUCUGUUUACUCUGGACAGAGGGCUUUAUCAGCUAAACCUAACAGUGGCAGGUGUUCCUUUUAAGACUAAAGAUCUUGUCCAGCUUAUUAACCCACGUCUAGAUGGCUGCAUGAAGGGCUGGAAUUGGCUGAAUGGUGAGGAUAUGACUAUCCAAGAGACGGUGAGAGUGAAUGAUAAGAUGCAGUGUUUUGCAGUUGCAGGGAGAGGCUCUUUCUACCCUGGCAAUGGGUUUGCUGUGUUUAAUCUCAAUUAUGCCCAGCCACUUGGCAGCAAUGAAACUACGAAGCAAUGGGAAGUAAAGGUAAACAUUCUGAUUCGGCCAGCCACAGAUACUGGGGUGCUCUUUGCCCUCAUCAGCAAUGAAGCAACAGUCCCUUUGUCAGUGGCCCUGAUUGACUAUCAUUCCACAAAGAAACUUAAACAACAGUUCAUUGUCUUGGCAGUGAAGAACACAGUGGUGUGCAGGCUGGCAAUAACCAUCUGUGAUGAACAGGAACACUUGGUUGACAUCUCCAUUGACAAGGGUCAAAUAUUGCUGACUGUGGAUGGCACAGCAGGACAGAGUGAACUAAGCCAUUCGCAGGUAGAAGAAAACCUGUCUGUCUUGGAUGACUACCUGCAAUCAUCUGUAAAGACCUAUGUGGGAGGAUUGCCAAAUGUUCCUGUCACUUCAACUCCAGUCACUGCUUUCUACCAUGGCUGCAUGACGGUGAAAGUUAACAAGCAAGCGCUGGAUCUAGAUGAAGCUGUCUACAAGUCCAACGACAUCACAUCUCAUUCUUGUCCUCCAAUAGAGACUGGUCAAUAGAUGCCACUGCAAUACAUACAAACAUUUUAUAUUCAAAAAAGUCCAUUUCAAUGCUUUUCUGUUUUAUAAGAUAUAAAUUAUUCAGACUUCCAGCACUGCGUGUAUAGCUCUCUUGAACACUGAAGUUAUGUAGGAGCUACUGAAACUCAUGUGUCAGAUUAAUUAUUGAAAUGUUUCUUCGCUUGGGAGGGUUUAAAAUAUGUAAUAUAUUUGUAAAUAGUUGAGAAUACUAAUAUUGAUAACCCAAAGCUGCAAAUUAUUGCCUAAGGUGAGUUGUUAAGAGACAGAUCAUACCUGUCAUGUGGCAACUGGUAAUAUAUUCUGCGUGGAUUGGAAGAUUAAAAAAUAGUUCUGUAUUUUUUUAUUGCCAAAUGCUGCUUACUGACUUAUGAAAUAUGAAAAAAAUAAAAUGUAAAACUUUUUUGGACUUA